AUGAAGUGCGAGUCAUUGGUGGGUGCAUUGGUGUUGCUGUGCACAGUCGAGGCGUUCUUCCUCUCCCAUCGCACCAUCAAGCCGGACGACAAGCCGCACACGCCAAAUUACAUUCGGCUUCGUAAAAAUGAUGCCUUCCUGGCCUGCACCACCGACUCGCUGCAAAACGAGUGCGGUCCGAACGGGGUGGAUUGUGUGAAAGAUGCGUGCACGAGAUGUGCUGUCCAUAUCUCCGAUCCGUACUCCUACUGCAUGCGCGUGACAUCAUGCGUCUGCUCGUUGACCCGCGACCCGGACUGCUUCAAGAUCGUCGACGAGUGCUAU